UUUUGAACCAAGAAGAGAAAAGUUGUCGCUGUUGAGUCUCUUACUGAAUACUGAGCACGCGUUUGAAAUAUGUAUAUAUGAUCAUCAAGAAGAGCUCACUCGUAGAGCUAUAUAUCAUGCCUUCAACAAACAAGUGCUCAAUUCGAAUUAAUGACAACCUAGUGUACGCGUUCCUUUCAUGGCACUUCAAGAAUAUUUUGAAAGCUGAGGUUAGCGAUCACCAUGGGAAAACGCGUAUCAAGGUAAAGUUCUCUAUGAUUACAUCUGUUAAACCAUUUAUCUGACUAAUAGGGGCACCGCAUAACAACGGCCCGAUAGACCGCUCAAUGGUUUGUGUUGGCUUAUUUGCGCACAAUUUAGUAUAGGAGUUUCAAAUUAGGAAUUGGGCUUGAUUUUAUUAUUUGGAUUGAUGUCUAGUUUAAGCAGUUUGCCUGUAACUUACUGUUUAGCCUAUUCCGAAGUUGGCGGAUCCAGUUAAGCAUCGUGUAAAAACGAACAUAUUUUGGGGUUUUAAGUUCGAGAACAUGUGCGCGCCAUCUGUUUCAUGGCGUUAUUGAUUAAGCUGCGUCAAGUUAAGGGGCUACAGCUUGUGAAUAUAAAGUGAACUAAAAUAAUUGUAAAAUUUUAUGCACUUGAGAUAUGUAAAAAAAUUGUUCAAUGAACCUUGUUUUAUAUUUUGAACUUAUCCGCCAAACGUCCAUCCAACCUUAUUGAAAUACUGCACUUGACACUCGUGUGAAUAGGCAAUAUAUCUCCUUGUUGAAAAGAUUAAUAGAGAUGUUUAGUCAGCAAGAUGACUGGAUAUUAGAUAUCCCAUUCAAUUCAUCCGACAAGGUGCAGUAUAUAUGCAGUAGCAAUAAAACCUAGAUGUGUAUUUCUGCAUCUUACUCGACUGAAAUUAAUUAAUGCAUGUAGAUUGUCUUUUAGAAUAAUUCUCAGACAUUGCCACUGAAUUCAAAUGAUAAAAUCAUAUACCAGUCAAACUCUGUGUUUCUAUUUCAGCUACUGGAGUUGUUGCUGCGCUGAAAAGUAAAGAGGAACGGUUUGUGUUUGGUUUCAUCUGAUGAUAAAGAUUUUGUGUGCAAACCGAAACUCAGUGAAUUAAUGAAGGAUAAUCAGGAGCAUUGUCUGAAUUUAAUCUCAUGCAGAAGUCGUUCUCAAUGUGCAAGGAA